AUGAUAAAAAAAUUCACAACGAAAAGCCCUUCUACCAGAAGUUUUCAGGUCGCUUGUUCAUCUUCUGGCGCCAAAUUCAAUGGAGUCAUACCCACUGAGACAAUUGAGAAGAGAUAUGUGCUCAGUAGUGGCCCUGGUGGUCAAAAUAUUCAGAAGAACGCCACUAAAGUCGAAAUCCGAUUUAAUCUUAGCAAGGCCAAUUGGUUAUCCGAAGAACUGAAAAGGGGUCUCGCUGAACGACUCGCCAAUCGAAUCAACUCAAAAGGAGAGUUGAUCAUCGAUAGCGAACGAACCCGAGAAAGGCAUCUGAAUUUGGCCGAUUGCUUCGAUAAGUUACGAUCCACUAUUUAUGAUGUCGAAAGGAAAAUGAACUCACGUUUCGAAACCGAAGAGGAUGCAGAAAUCAUUCGAAAGAAGGCUGAUUUGGCAGCUCAGCAUCGGUUAGCAGAAAAACGGCGGACAGCAGAGAAGAAAAGGUUCAGAUCAAUACAAGUUUGA